AUGCUCAUGUGGUGCGCCCUUAGCCAAUUGCGUCUCCAGCCUGUGCACUCCCAUGACCCCCACCCAGCAACGCUCGCACUCCUCAGCUUUUCUUGGAGCUCGACCGGGAUCAAGGUGGUGAUCGUCAGCGCGGGGUUUGCGGGGCUGGCGUGCGCGAUUGAGUGUGUGCGGAAGGGACACGAGGUGCUCGUGCUGGAGAAGUUCAAGGCGCUCAAGUCGCUCGGUGAUAUCAUCAGCUUUGGUUCCAAUGGUUUACACGACCAGAUCUGGCCCAUCUGCAACCACCUCUCCGAGCUCACGAUCCACAACUCCAAGGGCGAGAUCCUCACGGUCCAGCACUUCAGCGAGAUGCGCUACGGCGCGCACAACUACAGCGGGCACCGCGACGUGCUGCACGAGGUGCUGUUCAACUACACCAAGUCGCUCGGCGUCGAAAUUCGCUUGGGGCAGGACGUGACGAAGUACGACGAGGACGAGGGCCGCGCGUGGGUGGGCUCGAACGGGGAGCGGAUCGAGGCGGAUGUGGUGGUCGGCGCGGAUGGUGAGAGGAGUAAGGCGCGGACGCUGGUUUUGGGGUACGAUGAUAAGCCGAAGUCGUUGGGCUACGCUGUGUACAGGGCGUGGUUCGACGCGUACGAGCAGGGCGUCGACAGGGACCCUCUCACCGACUUCAUGUGCAAGAACGGGGACGCGUUCUACGGGUGGAUCGGUCCCGACGUGCACAUGCUCACCUCCACCGCGCGCGGCGGGCGCUUCAUGUCCUGGGUGAUCACACACAAAGACGAAGCGGACACUGAGGAAUCCUGGUCCUUCCCGGGCAUGAUGGAGGACGUGCUGAAGGUCGUCGAGGGCUACGACCCGCGCUGCGCGGAGAUCCAGUCGAAGGCGCCGAGCUGUGUCGACUGGAAGAUCGUGUACCGCGACCCGCUGCCGACGUGGAUCAGCCGCGGCGGGCGGAUCCUGCUAAUCGGGGACGCGGCGCACCCGUUCUUGCCGAUGAGCGCGCAGGGCGCGUCACAGGCAGUCGAGGACGGGGUCACGCUCGCGGUAGCGCUGCAGCUCUCGGGCAAGGACAACGUCCGCCUCGCCAUCCAAGCAUGGGAGAAGAUCCGCGAGCAGGUGCGCGACAUAUGGCAUAAAGCCAAGCCGGAGGCGAAGGGCGCGGAGGUCGAGAUGCCGUCCCCGGAGUGGCUGGGGCAUGAUUUGGAGAAGCACGCGUAUGAGGUGUACGGAGAUGCGGAGAGGGACUCGGGAGGGGGGGAAUGGUAUCGCUUCAACUACGCACUUGUAGCUGCGAAUGCACCAGUGCCUUGGAAAUAACCUCUGCUGAUUUCCGCUGCGUUUUGUGUACGCUGAUCAAAUUUGCGAGGUGUCGCAUGCACAGC